CUCUCUCUCUCUCUCUCUCUCAAAACCUCAAAACUGCCAGGAAGCUAACGGUUUUCUCCUCUCUAAAACCCUAAAAAUUAUCUAUUAAAAUUUCCCAAGAACCAAACAAAACGGCAUCUCCUUAAAAAUCUAGAACUACUUUUCUUUUCCAUGCUCAACAAAUGGACCAGGUCACUCUAUUUUCCCGUUAAAUCCCCAAUUCUUACCUCUCUCUCCUCCCUCAUCUUCUCUAAACUCUCUAUCUCCUCCGCUGCCAAUCUCGAUACCACCACCAUCAACACCACCACCCCUCUUGUUCAAAUCUCAACGGACCCAGUUCACGCGAUUCUCUCUGGCUUUAGGGACCUGGGUUUUAGACAAUUUGUCAGUGGUCAUUACUUCAAAGACUUGGUUUUAAUGUUAAAUCAGGCUCAAAUGGAUGAUGUGAUUGAGAAUUUGAGCGUCGAGAAUGCGGAUUUUGUGGUGGAUUUCUAUCAUUUGUCAAGGAAUGAGUUUGGUUUCCAACAUUCGAGGGUUUCUAGGUUUUUGGUUUCUCAUGUUUUGGCGCGAAAGAGAAGGUUUAAGGACUUGCGUUUGGUUUUGGAUCAAAUGCUUCAAGAGGAAGGCACCGGGUCAGCUCCUUUGCUUUGUAAGCUGCUUUUCAGUAGUUUCAAGGGCUGGGAUUCGAGCAAUGUGGUAUGGGAUAUGUUGGCUUUUAUUUAUUCGAGAUUUGAGAUGGUUCAUGAUGCUCUUUUUGUUCUCGUGAAGAUGAAAGAACAGAAUUUGCGACCAUCGAUACAGACGUACAACAGUUUGUUGUACAACUUGAGGCAUACUGAUAUUAUGUGGGAUGUCUACAAUGAUAUCAAAGACAGUGGCACUCCUCAGAGUGCUCGCACUAGUUCCAUAAUUGUAGAUGGGCUAUGCGGACAGUCUAGAUUUCGAGAUGCAGUUUUGUUCCUGCGGCAGAAUGAUGGGAAGGAGUUUGCACCUUCUGUUGUUUCUUUUAAUACCAUCAUGUCAAGGUACUGUAAGUUAGGUUUAGCUGAUGUUGCAAAAUCUUUUUUCUGUAUGAUGCUCAAAUAUGGAAUACUUCCCGACACAUACAGUUACAAUAUACUUAUUCAUGGGUUGAUUGUAGCUGGUUCCAUGGAAGAAGCUUUGGAGCUCACAAAUGACAUGGAGAAGCAGGGUUUACAGCCUGAUAUGGUAACUUACAAAAUCGUUGCCAAAGGUUUCCAUCUACUUGGUUUGAUGAGUGGGGCCCGGGGGAUCAUUCAGAAGAUGUUAACUGAUGAAGGGCUAAAGCCAGAUCUUGUUACCUAUACAAUACUAAUAUGCGGGCAUUGCCAAAUGGGAAAUAUUGAGGAAGCAUUAAGGCUGAGAAGGGAUCUGCUUUCAAGCGGUUUUCAGUUGAAUGUCAUUUUAUACAGUGUGUUGCUCAGCAGCUUGUGUAAACGUGGACAAGUUGAUGAAGCAUUGCAAUUGCUUUAUGAAAUGGAAGCCAACAACUUGCAACCAGAUCUUGUUACAUAUUCUAUCCUUAUUCAUGGCCUCUGCAAGCAAGGAAAAGUCCAACAGGCCAUACAACUAUAUAAAGAAAUGUGCUUCAACAGAAUCUUUCCAAAUUCUUUUGCCCAGAGCGGUAUUCUAAAGGGUCUUUGUGAGAAAGGGUUGUUAUCAGAAGCCAGGAUGUAUUUUGACUCUCUGAUAAUGAGUAACUUGAAGCCUGAUGUCACUCUGUAUAAUAUCAUGAUCGAUGGGUAUGUAAAACUUGGUGAUGUUGAAGAGGCUGUCCGAUUAUACAAGAGGUUGAGAGACAAAGCAAUAACUCCCAGUAUAGUAACUUUUAAUUCUCUUAUUUAUGGAUUCUGCAAAAACAGAAAGGUUGUUGAGGCUAGAAGGUUGUUGGAUUCAAUCAAGCUGCAUGGAUUGGAACCAAGUGCAGUAACUUAUACCACUCUCAUGAAUGCAUACUGUGAAGAGGGUAAUAUAAACAAGUUGCAUGAAUUGCUGCUUGAGAUGAAUUUAAAAGACAUAGAACCUACUGUUGUCACUUACACUGUAGUAAUCAAAGGACUGUGCAAACAGCGGAAAUUAGAAGAAUCUGUCCAAUUACUAGAGGAUAUGCGUGCUAAAGGCCUAGCUCCAGAUCAAAUUACAUACAAUACAAUCAUUCAGUGUUUCUGCAAGGCUAAAGACAUGAGAAAAGCAUUUGAAUUACUUGAUGACAUGUUGAUUCAUAACCUAGAGCCUACUCCUGCUACAUAUAAUGUUCUCAUUGAUGGCCUUUGUCGAUACGGUGAUGUAAAGGAUGCUGACCGCGUACUGGUUUCUCUUCAGGACCGAAAUAUCAACUUGACAAAAGUUGCUUACACCACAAUGAUCAAAGCACAUUGCGUCAAGGGUGAUGCACAACAAGCAGUGAAGGUGUUCCAUCAAAUGGUGGAGAAGGGGUUUGAAGUAUCGAUCAAAGAUUAUAGUGCUGUGAUUAAUAGAUUAUGCAAGAGAUGUCUAAUAAAUGAAGCCAAGUACUAUUUCUGCAUUAUGUUAUCUGAUGGUGUUUCCCCUGAUCAAGAAAUAUUUGAAAUGAUGCUUAAUGCCUUUCACAGAGCUGGCCAUGUCCACUCGGUGUUUGAACUACUAGCUGUGAUGAUCAAAUUCGGGUUACUGCAUGAUUAAUCCAUGAAAUAGUGCUGCCAAUCUGGUACACUGCAUCCAUGCAAGAGCUGUUGGUUUUUUUAAAGGUUCGAGCACAUUUGUAUAAAAGAGCAGCUGGAAGAAGGCUGUCUUCGACUUUCAUCAAUUUUGUUUGUUUGUGAACCAUGGAUGAUUACAAAAGCUGAAGACAAUAUGCUCAUUGAAGAUAAACAAGUUGGUUAACAUUUUCGGUAGUGAUCUUUCUGAGUUUUACUGAACAUACAAGUUGGUUCUGAAAUCUGGGAACUUUGUUGCAUCUGAAACAUCUGUGGUUCCUAGCCUCCUCAUCUUCAAGAACUCAACAGAGCUCACUGCUAGCGAUGUCUUGCAAUGAGAAUGGUGGAAAAAGUAACUGCAUGAUCUAGAUUCAUAACGGGGUACAAGUCGCAAAAGAUAAUUCGCGCUUGUUUGUGUCAAGCUUACCCCAUCAAUUGCCUGAGCCAGUUUAGGCCUUAAACUCGGUAAUAUCAAGAAAGCUUCCUGGAGAUCUCAGGUUUUCGAGUAGUGAUGCCAACAAGAUCGUAAAGGAUGGGAGAAAUGCUGUUAGCUGGACAUGGUUCAUCUAGUUGAAGGAAGUAUGUAUCUCCCACCCACUUUUUAAUGCAAUUCAGAGCUCCCACGUUGUUUUGAACCUUAUAAAUGCAUGUCUCGGCCUAAGCAUUUCAUGGCUGACAGCUUCUAUACGUGAUAAAUACCAUGCUUUCAAAAUUUAAAUA